GAGGGCGCUUUCAUUUCCAUGUGUGCUUUUUGUUCAUGCCUAGAGGCACGGCGGUGCAGAGAUGCCGUGUCCCGGAUAGAGCAGCAGGAAAAACACAGAGCGAGAAAGCGUCAUAAUAACAGCUGAAGGCUGAGAUCUGCAGCAAUGAACAGCGAGUGAAAAUUGAGUCGUGCUUGACAGUCGCUGACAGAAGUGAGAACGGAACUCAUCUCUCCUUUCAUGGUCCAAAGUUCAGAGCUCUAAUGGAUGAAGAGGAAACACAAAGAAAUAAGGUGGCAAAGCAGAUGAAAGGGGCCGUGGACCCGGAGAACAGCGUGGACAGAGGAUCCCCUCGGACAACCAUACCGGCCUCUGAUGAGAACGAGAACCAAAUCCAGGGCUCGGUGAGCGGGCACCGGCAGGCCCAGCAAGACUGCGUCAACAACAACGAGACAGACCCUCACAGCAAGACAGGGGAUUCCAGAGGCCUGGCACAGGGCCUCAAAAAUAGCAAGGCAGCGAACUGCAGCGAUAGCCCAAGUGCCAACACUGAGGGGGUCAAGGGAAAAGGGACAUCCCCAAAAAGUAAUGGAAAACACAAAAAGGGCAUGAAGGCAGACUCUUCAGGAGUGGUUCCUGAAGCCUGCACAGUAGUGGCUCUAGACGGCAUCUCUAACGGUUGUCAGGGGCCUGGCGAGGAGGAGGAGGAGGAGGAGGAGGAGGGGGACAGGGACGGGGAUGUCCUGGAGGGGUCUACCAGCUGUCAACAGAAAAUUGAAAAAACAGGUCUCCUGCAGUCGCUGUUCUCUUUGCUCCAAGGUGGGAUGGAACAGAGCGACUCCAGCAUGCUGCCACAGUGUCUCCACCAGAUAGCUGAGACCUACUUCCAAGAACAUGAUUAUGAUAAAGCUGUCCAGUUCAUCCAGCUGGAAAGACUGUACCACGAGCAGCUGCUGUCUAACUUGUCAGCCGUUCAGAAGCAGUGGGAAUCAAGAAGGAAAGUCGCCCCGUCUCAGGAGACCAAGCCCUUUGGAAACUCUCUGAACACUCUGGAAGCUCAGGAGCUGGCAACGCUGACGAAGCUCUGCAUGACACACCGAAGGCCCACUCUUACUGCUGAAAAGCCUGUUGCAGCUGAGAAUGCAUUGAAAAACAGCCUUAUUCCUUUGAAGAAAGCUGGAGAGCAAGGGAAACCCGACCCGAAAGCCACUACAUGCAGUUCAGGUAGCGGACCUGACACAGAAGCACCGAGGGAGGAAAAGGAAGGCAAACAAGCGAGCAUGUCGGACGGAGGGUCUGUUUCUGGAAGUGAGACCAGCAGAAGUGAGUUUGUGGGCAGCCACCAGUGGGAGCCAUUGUGCACUAGAUCAUCCCAGGCUUCUGAGCCACUUGGCCAGCCCUUCACUGACUCUUUGUUUACUAAGAGCACUGGUGGGGAGGGCAGCUGUUUCCAGCCAGCAGCAGAGGCAGACGAGCUCCCUGAAGACAUGCUGACAAAUGCAGAAACCUCAGAGCAGCAGGAGGGGGGGGAGGGGGAGGAGGAGCUGGAGCUGCUGCUGUCCGAGAGAGCACAGCUGCUUGACACAGCGCAAAAGAAACCUGUCCCCAGGCAAGCCAGUCCAGAACAGCAAGCAGGCGGUGUACAAUAUGACUCCUCUGCCCGUGGGGAGCAGGCUGGUGAAGGGAAUCACCUGGGAGAAGAGGUAAAGGUGAAAGGCAAAGGUUUGUUGUCCUCACCUCCUCGAGAAGAAGCAAGGGACAACUCUGAGAGCACCCCAGCAGGGAAUGAAGCCCCCCAGUCAGAGCACAUGAGUGAGCCAGGGGAGCUGGAAGGACAGGGAGGUGGUGAGGAGGAGAAAGAGGAGCUGGGUCUGGAGGAAGGCGAAGCAGACUUGGAGAGCGAGGAUGGCUUGAAGGCCUCGGAGAGAGCAGAGGAGAUGGAGGAGAAGGGCUUUCCUGACAGGGAUGUUGCCUCUUUCACGGGCAGAUCUGUGGCUGAAUCUGAGCUGGACACAUCCCCCCUCGGCUUCUUGGAUGCGUGGGGUCUGGACGACAGUGCGCCCUCCCUUGAUGACCUCGCAAAGAGGAUAGAGAUUGAGGAGAUAACCCCAGCAGAGGGCCUGGUGUCCAUCCUGAAGAGAAGAGGCUCGCUUGACAGAGCAGAAAUACCUCCUAUGAAGGUGAAACGAGGGUCGAAACGGAGAGUUCGAUUCCAGGAGACAGACGACAUCCUCGACCAGGAUGAAGUGGGAAUGGACUCCUGCCUCUUGUUGGUUCUGCUAUGUGUUGUGACGGUUUUCAUCAGUGUGGGCGGCACUGCUUUGUACUGCACCUUUGGGGAUGUGGAGUCCAGCGUUUGCAUUGACUUUUCAAACAACGUAGACUUCUACUUCACCCAGAUGCAGCAGGGGGUCCAGGAUCUCAAACACUGGCUCUCCCCCGGCUCAUAACAGAAUGCAUCUGCACACUCUCUCUUGUUCUUACUCAAUCUUUCUCUCAUCUCCCUCCCUAUUAAAUCACAGAACAGUGAUUGCAUAGAAGGACCCAACAUAAGGCAUUACUUCAGCACAUUUAAACCUCAACGUGGCUGAAGUACGGCUAAUGGUCCCCGUAAAUUUGAGCAUCAAGCUUCAGCGUGGUGGUGAAAUACAUGAAGCCAGUAGUAAGAGGUGUGCUGGAUUUGAAAGACGAUUCUUCAAUACUUCACCUUUUCACAAUAGCUGUAAAACAGAAGCUGCUCUCCUGUCGCUCUAUUUCCUCAUUAACCACAGACAUGCAACAGGACAUGCUGAAGCGUGCCUGCUGAUUAAGCAGCCUGUCGAAGAAGGAUACGUCAUACUGCCAUGGGUGAAAUGGUUUUAAUGUAUUGAAGAAGAAAAACACACACACAUAUAUAUAUAUAUAUAUAUAUAUAUAUAUAUAUAUAUAUAUAUAUAUAUAUAUAUAUAUAUAUAUAUAUAUGUGUGUGUUUUUCUUCUUCAAUACAUAUAUAUAUAAAAAUGUUUAGCAUUAAACAUAAGUCUUAACUUUAACAGUACUGUUAAAGAAAAAAAGAAAUGUAUAUUAGUUUUUUUUUUUUUUUUAAAUAUUUAUCCUUUCAGGUUUUGUGUCCUGCUCAGACUGGGAACGUCUGUUUUGAACUGAUUUACAGUUUGUAGGCAGCAGUGAUUUGUAAGCUCUCAAUUUUAAAAAUGUAACUGAGCUGGGAUAGGUAGCAAUAUGUUAAACAUUGGGCAUUGAAACUUGUUUGUCGGGGUGGGGCCCGUAGCUAGUCAGAUUGUUAGAUUGUUCUAAAUGCACAAUCAAAUUUGUUGUGUAGGAUUUUGCUCUAGUAUUCCAAGUACUGUAGUUACCUCCUUGGAUGGUGAACUGGCUUCAUUUUAUUUCCAUUUUAUUUGAUAUUCUUUUUAUAAUAUUGAUGUUUUACUUUAGGUUAUGCACUAACCUUGUUUUUUUUCAGGGCUCACAACGUAAAAACUCUAAAUUUAAAGAACCAAAACGUCCUUUCACUGCAGAUGCUGUGUCACAGUGAACAGAAACUGUAAUCAAAAUAAAAAAGCAAAACAGUCACCAUUUAAAAUGAAGCAAAAUAAGAGAAUAUGAAGCUUUAUAGAUUUUUUGAAUGUGUCUCUGGCUGGAUCAGUUGACACAGUUCUUUUAAAUUGUGUGGUUUGAACUAUUUAUUAAGUAUAAAGAGCUGUACGGAAAAGAUAAGAAACAUCAAAAAGGAUACUUUUUCAAUCAAAAUUGUAUUGAGAUGCAUGUGUUCCUCUGUUGUACUGUUUGAAAUUGAUGUGUAGUUUGUGUACUUUUUGUGUUCUCACCUUUUGUGUUAAAUGUUCCACAAAAAAAAUACAUGAUUUUUAUUUCCGUUUCAUAUUACCAGACAUUGCCUGGUCUAGAGUGCGUACCACUAAAAUAUGUUAACUUGAAUAUUAUGUUAGAUGUCAACAGCAUACCUGUGACUUUAUUUUGGCAGUGUUUAAUUAGCUGAACUGUGUAUAUCAUGUACCCAUAACUCAUGCAUCACCACGUUUUAAUGGCUGUCCACAUUUUAUUUAAUGUUGUGUUGUAAUUGCUGAACAAGGGAACAUAAAUGAAAUGAUUUGGAUGGGAA